AUGAGUGUAGACUAAUCACUAGAUAAUAAUUCAAAUCAUUGGGAAUAAUUUGAAUAAUUUCGAAAAAAAAUUACAUAAGAAUGUUAGAGUGAGGAGAAACAUUUCAAAACAAAGAGAGAUUCUUAUACAUCAUUAGAAAAAAUUAGAAAAUCGUCUGUUCAUGAUGAAAGUGGACCUAAAGAAAUUUAAUUUGCUGUUGAUAGCAAGCCUCCAAUUCUUGUAUAACCAAGUGAAGGGGAUAGAAUAAUAAAAUUAAGAAUAGAGAAUUAAGAAUUGAAAGAAAAAUUAGAAAAAUAUGAGAAAAAUGAGUAGACACAUCAAGCAAAUUCAGAUGAAUUAGAAUUGAUAAAAUAAGCUCAUGCAAAAUAAUUAAAGUCUUAAAAAGAAUAUUACGAAGUUGAAAAUAAUUAGUUAAAAAAUAAGAUUAAUUCCUUUAAUGAAGAAUUGGAAGAAUUAAAGAAAGUAUAUAAGGAAAAAAAUAUGAAAUUGUAUAACCUUGUAUUAUAACUAGAAUAAGUAUAAAAAUAUAUAAAUUCAAUAGGAAAAAUAAGAAUUAAUUGACAAAAAUAUUUAGUUAUUAGAGAACAGAUAAUAAAGUUCAUAAUAAGAUAUACAUCAUCUUGUUGAAGAGAGAACAAGAGUUUUAAGUGAAUAAAUAUAUUAAUUGGAAGAAAGGAAUGCAAAAUUAUAAGUUGAAAAAAGUAAAAUUGAAGAAAAAUAUAUGAAUUAAUUAAGUGGUAAAUAACAAUCUAUGCAAAAAACAUUACGAUCAGAAAGAUCUGAUAGAAAGGAUUCUAAAAAUUGUGAUACAGAUAGAAAAUCUGUUGAAAAAUUAAAUCGUUCUUCAAUACAUAAAUCUGAAUGUAAACCUCCUAUGCCUACUUCAAUUAGUUAAAGUUUUGAAUAACUUCCACCUGCAUAAAAAUCAAUUUUAAAAUCUUCUAAAUUAAACACUUCAUCAAAAGAGAAUCUUUAACCAUUGAGCAAUUCAAAAAUACUUGAUACACCUUAAACUAAGAGAAAAUCAGCAAGGGCAUAAUCUUCUGUUUCUAAAAAAGCAACUUAACCUUAAAGUCAAACUUAAAAGGUGGUAAAGAAAAAGUAAAUAUAUUCUAAAAUUAAAUGA